ACCAAAAUACCAAGGCUUUAGUCGACACGUAGGUUCGAUCCUGAAGUCCAAAGAUUUUGCCGACUACUAUAAAGCUGAAGCUUUGGACCAUCAAUACCAUAGCCAGCCACAAAGUUCGAAACCGAAGGAUGAGACAGAUGCAUCCGUCAGCGGCGACGACGGAAAAAGAAAUGAUGAAUCACCCGGAGAUACUGUCCACUGAUUCCCUCACACCGACAUACACCACUUCACAGCAUAACAUUGAUGCAUCAACUUUUCCUCAUAGCCAUGACCCAUACAGACCAGUAGACAUUGAUCGACCGCCUUCGCCACAAACUUCUCCAAGUAAAUCAAUGUCUAUAUCAUCCAUACAAUCAUCUGUCAAAGUGUUCUUUAACAACGAUGGCCUUCAAUGGAAUGAUAGAAAACCAAAUGUCUCCUCUAUGGAACAUAAACGGCAACAAAACAAAUAUCAGGACAAGGACAAAUCAUCGCGACGCCAGAUAGAGUCAGACUGUGAUUCCACUGUUGACAGUGCGCAAAGUGUCGAUGACAGACAUACACCUGAUUACAUUGAACGUUUUACUGAUGGCGAUACAGCUAUUAAAUUAGACAGAGCAAAUAGUAACAUAGAAAUACAAAAAGAAGAGUCGAUAGAAAAUAAUGACCAAAAGUAUAAAAUCAAACAAAUUGUUGUUGUCUCUUUAGACGAAAAGGAAAAAAGUAAAACAGUUGAAAAGGUAACUAACACCGAAAGGGUUAUUGAAGUUUCAGAAUCAGUAGAGUCACUUAAGCACACGGAAAUAACAAUAUCAACGGACAAAGCUGUCGAUAGCGAUAAUGAUAGCUCAGAAAGAACAAUAACGCCGUCACUCGAUGCUCAUUUGGACGAUCCUUGCAUUACAGAUGAACAAAAAACCAAAGAAAAGGAAGAGCAUAGGAAGGUUUCAAAAUUGAAAUCAGAGGAACAUGUAUUUACACAUCACAGGACUAAAACAGACAGCAAACAUUUGCCGCAAGGGAAGGAAAAAAGACGACAGUCAAAGUCGAGUCCAAGAAUUCCUGGAAAAUCAUCACCCCGUGAUAUUAAAGAGGAAAAAAAGAAUUCUCCUAGAACUCGGAAGGAAACUGCUCAAAAUACGCUUUCAAAGAAAAUAAAACAAAGAUCCCCGAGAGGUGGGGAUAAGGAUGAUAAACUUUACUACAUUGUUGGCACUACUGACAAUAAAGGUCAUUGGGUAACUAAGCAAGAUGUAGAGAAGAGUAAAUCCGAACCUGAACCUGACAAAAUUAGCUUGCGUGAUAUUCAUCCGAAAGAGUGUGAUUCAGAAAUAGGGUCUGAUGUUCCCAAACAACGUAAAGAAGCAGACAAGAGAAACGUACUUGAUUCGAGAGAAUCACAUCCGUUUUCCAUACCAACUGAAGCAAUGGAUGUUGAAAAUAAGACAGAAUUAUCAGAAUCCGAAAAACGCAGGGACAUUGAUGCUAAUUUGAUUGGAAAACAUGUAGUUUUUGACGAACAAAAAGAAGAAUCAGAAAAAGAUGAAGACAAUUACGAAGAUGACUUUGAAGAUGACCAUUUUGAAGAGACAAUAGAAAAUUCAGACAACAUUUUACAUGAAGAACCACCAUUAGAAGUAUCUGAAAAUAUUAAAAUAACUGAAGAUGAACGGGUUAGUGAAGAGAUGGCGACUGCAAAUCAAAGUAAAAUAGAACAGAAUCUAUAUCAUGAGCAACAUAGCACUGAUACUACUGUUCUUAAUCCUGAAACACAAAACAAAGCAGGCGAUGUCAACAGGAAAGCCGAAAUUGUUAAGGUAAACGCAGAAAAAAUUGAGAUACACCAUAACGUUCAAGAGUCAGAAUUUAGGAUCGAGGACACUUCCUCAAGUCAGGAUAAACAGUCUGGUAUUGGGACACUUGUUAUUUCAAACUCAACAAUAAAAACGCUUGUCAUAGCAAAUAAGAGUCAACUUGAUCAAGAAACAUUAAAUAAACUAGCAAGUGAUUUCAAUAGUGAACAAAGAAAUCAACCGGACACUACCUUGGAUGAAAAGCUGAAUAUCGAGAGACAAGUGACAAUAAUUGAAAAUGAGAAUCCAGAAGAAAGUUUGAUCAGUAAUGAAAAAGCUAAAGAUAUAGUAAAUCAUUCCUCUCCGGUGGCAAUCAAAGAUACAGCUGUCAACAUAGACGAGGGAGGCACCAGAGACAAGAUCAGUUCUACUUCUCCAUCUGAACAAACUCAGCAUGUUUUGCCAGAGCCAGAAAUGACAUCAACUCAAUCUCAGACAAUCUCCACAUCAAGUUCGCAAACAAUUAAUAACAUGGAAACACAAACAGUAUGUAAUAUUAAAACGCAGACUGAUUCAAAUCAACAGACACAAACUGUAAAUGUUAUAGCUGUACAAACAGAAAAAGCUGCAUCUCGUGCCUCACCUGUUCAUACUGUGUCAAAGGAAACUUCAGUUGGGCUUAAAGCAGAUGUACCUGAAGAAUUAUACAGAACAGACGAUCAGUCAAACAACUUGCAAUUAUGGGAAAACCCGCAAAACUAUGAAAUGUCUGAAAAUUCUGAGAUAGGACACAUAAAGGCAUCAACUAAAGGAGUAAGUUAUAAAGAAAGCCACAAAAUUGAAUCAACAUUAGAAUUAGUGGAUGACCAUCUAGAUAAGCUUUCAGAAAAUCACAGAGAUCAUAUAGAUGAGGACAAAGAUGUCGCAACCAUUGAAAGACGCGACAAAGAUAUUGCAAGUGUCGCUACAACAAUAUUAGGAGAAAAAAUUAUUCAAAAGCCGGAUGAAAAAAGUGUGAGUCGCAAUGAGUUGCAAGAAACAGAAAAAAUAAUGGCCACUGAUAGCAAUAUCGAAAUACCAGAUGAGAAAUCAAUAGAUACUCCUGUUUACACAGAAUCAGGUAAGGAAUUUUCUGAACAAAAAUCUAUGACUGAGGAUACCAAUAAUGAAAUGUAUAAGAUAACAGUUAUUUCAGAAAACGAUAAAAUGAAACCUGAAAAUGAGAAAGAAACCGACGAAGAUACGAGCAUGAAACAUUCUCUGACAGAAAAACCUAACAAUAAAAGUAUUGUUAACGAAAAUGAAAAUCAAGUAAACACUGAAAUUGUGGAAAUAAAACAAAAUGACAAACAAGAAGGAAACAAAGACUCAGAUAUAUAUGACGACAAGGUACAAUCCUUCACAGCUGUUACAAUAUCAAAGAGUGAUUCAGAGGAACUUGAAAAAUCCAGAGACCAUCUUUCAGAAGACGACGUUGUGAAGGAAAAACAAAAUAUUGAACAACAGAAACACAAAAAUGGGGAUAUAACAGAUGAUAUGAAAGACACUAAUUUCUAUCAGCAAGAAUCAGUAACAGAACAAGUAGUUAGUAAUAAUAAAAACCUUGAAAGCGUUGAUAAAAUUGAACAGGAAGCCUUAAGAAAACACGCAGAAUUCACAUUAAAAGCAGACACGGAAGAAGAAAUGCUUAAGGCAGAAAAUGAAGAAAGGAAUGAUGAAGCCAUGCACCAGGACACUGCAGAAGAAAGAUUAGUUAAUGACAAAGAAACCCGGAUGCAUUUACAUAAGGAUGCUAGAAUAGAUGGGGAGAAUGAUGGGAAAAAGGAAGAAGAUAUCGAAAUAAAUGAGACAGCCAUUAAAAGCCUCGAAAGUAAAAUACCCGAAAGCAUAAAAGAAGGAAGUGAAACUGAACAGGAGCAGUCUGGCGUAGCUGAUAAAAUAUCUGAUAAUGUACUAAUCAAGCAAUCAGAAGUAGUACCUGACCAAUCUGAGGGAAACGAUUUUGAAAUUUUGGAUAAAGCACAGAAAGAAUCAUUAAACGAAUCAGAUUUAGAGUACAUUUAUACUGAUCUGUCUCAGCAAAUAGUUCAGACUGUUAUUGCAGCAGCUGAAAGAGAAAUAAUUGAACAAAUGGAAUCGCAACAGCCAAGCAAUAAAACCAUUUUUGACAGUCAAGCUGAAAUACCUAAAGAAGAACAUGGUAUUAAAGAAGAACAGGUUUUAGAUCGAGAAAGUAUAGACAAGACUCAUCAGACUGAAGGCUUGAAAGAACAAUAUGUUGAAAAAUCCUUUGUUGUUGAACUCAAUGAUAAAACGCACGAUAAAACUGAGAAACAAGAUGACUUGACAGAACGAUUCAAGGGAGAGGAUCAUGACAUGGAAGGGAUAGAAAAACCAACUACCAUACCUGAAGAUGAAAAACCAAAUACGUAUGAAAAGGAUAUCAAAGUUAAUUCUGGAAAAGAUAUAAAUACUGAUGAAGUCGUGUCAAAUGAACAACAACAGGAGUUUUUGGGUCCGUCAGAAACAGAAAAUUUGAUUUUAACGGAAGAGCAAUCAACUGACAAGAUACUUGUGUAUGAAGAUACAAAUGAAACAUCAUAUAAAGACUCCGAAGGAAUAACAGAAAUAGCUAACAAAAGUCAGGAACAGAAUAAACAAAAUGAUUUAAUUACUGAUAACACAGAGGUUGCUGAAUCAUCCUUAUUUAAAGUUAGUUCAGAAGAUGAAACUCUAGUAAAUUUUUCUGACGCCAAAGAUUUUACACAAUCGAAGGAAACUAAACAAACUAAAAUACAAAAUGAAUCAACUGAAGACACCGAGGAUAAGAACAAAUACAUUGCUUUUUCGACGGAAAAUGAUAUAAAAUUUCCUAAAACAGAAACAAGCAAAUUUAUUUCUGUUGCAUCAGAAAAAAAUCAAGAAGAAAUAACAAAAGCAGGAAAUGAGGCAUUUCAAGAAAUACCUGAUAAAAAAAUUGAAACAGAGGAAACAGGAAAAAUGAAAACUGUUCAAUUUGAUGAAGUCACGCAGGAAAUUCUAAUUGAAUUCAAUGCCGGUUUGAAUGAAAAGGAACAAGAACUACAGACAAAUAAUGUAAUAAAAAAUGAUCAGAUAUCGGUAAACGAAGAUGCGUAUGAAAUACAGCACGAAGAAUUCAGAGAAACAGAUGACAUAUCAAACAAGGGUAAUGAACUGAAUACAGGAAAUGAUUUAAACAUUAAUAAGAUACCUUCACUUGAAUCUUACCAUAAAGUAAAAACAGAAGAAAGUACGAUUGAUCUCUAUAACGCAAGGGAGGAUGUAAUAAUAAAACAAAUGGAUCAAACUGGAGUUCUGGAUUCUAAUGAUGAAAACGAGUCAAAAGAUGAAGGGCAUGACUCUAGAACGGAAACGAAUAUGAAAAUGCCAAGAAUUGGGAAUGACAGAUUAGUUGAGCCUGCAACAGAAGAAGUAAAAGAAAUAUUAACGAAAUACGAAAGUUAUGUUUCAAAUGAAAUGAUUGAUGAAGAAACUAAAACAGGUGAUACUGACAAAACUGAAACAACUAAAGAUGAUGUUGUCAUGCAAGAUUCAAAAAAUGAUACAAAGAUUGUUGUAACUGUCAGGUCAAAUGAACAAACACGUCUUGGGGAAUUAGAAACAGAUAUGAGUGUAACUGCCGUUGAAAUAGAAAAUUUGAUUUCAAAUGCAUCUGAAGAAAAGCAAGCCGGAAAGCAUAUAAUAAAUCAAGAAGAGUUAAUAAAGACUCAUGACUAUGAAGAAUUACAGGUACAGUAUGCGCAGAAAUCAUUUAUAGAUGAAGAUAUAAAUGCAAAGAAUAAAAGAUCAGAGGAAAUGUCAGACCUGUCAGAAGACAUGAAUGAAGAAAAUCGUGAUAUGGAACAGACAGACAAAGCAAUCGAUAUAAUUAAAGAGGUAGAGGAACAUUCUAAUAGAUAUGAAAAAGUCACACUAGAAAAUAUUAAAAAUGAUGACGAGUCAAAGGAGGAAGAACAUGAGCUUCCGGAUGCUUCAAGAAUGGAUACUUUGAUUUCAACAGAAGAUACCACAAUUGAUCACAAAUCUGUAUUAGUCGAUACUGAUAAGACACCGAACACUAUAUCAAUAGAAAUAGAUGACAUGUUAAAUCAAAGACAAGAACAGAAUGAAGAACACGAUUUAAAGAUAGAAAACAUAUGGUCAGUUGAAUCAUCACCAGAAGUAGCAUCAGGAGAAAGAUCUUCGGAAGAAGAAACAAAACUUUUGGGGAAUGAUCAAACGAAAAUUUCAAGUGUGUCUAACAAAGAUACAGAGUCAAAGGAUAAAGAAAAUGCAUCUGAGACAGAAACAGAUAUAACAUAUUUACCACUUGAAACUGAACAACUGAUUUCGACUUCAACAGGAACAAAACAAAACAAUGAUAUGAUACAAGUAAUAGAAAACGAGAAAACUAGAACCAACGAAACUGACCAAACAAAAUCUGCUAAAGUUGAUGAAGUCAAGCAUGAUUCGCUGCAUAAACUAGAGACAGAAAACAUUGUCGGUUAUAAUAAAAAAGAAACCGAACGUGUAGAUGAGUUAGAAACAAAUAUGAGUAGUUCACAUGGUAAAAUAGAAAACAUCAUUACAAUCGCAUCGGAAGAAAACGAUGUUGACGUAAGUAAAGAAGAUCAGGGUAUUGAAGUAGAAAACAUUAUACAUCAAGAAGAUAUAACAAAGUUCGAUCGGUCUGAAGAUUCACAAGGACAUUAUGCUCAGGAACAUUUUGCAGAUAAAGAUGGUGAUAUAUUACAUGAAGAAUCACAGGAAUUAGCAAACUUGUCACGAUCAUUGUCUAAAGAAGAACAUGAUAUGAAACUGACAGGAAACAGACGUGACAACGUUGAAGAUGAAAAUCGAAAUAAAUACGAAGAGCAUUUUGAAAGAAAUAAAGAAACUGCAGUUGUCAAGUCAGAGAAACCACAACUCGAGCUUUUUCAAGAUGCACUAGAAAAAGAAAAUUUGAUUUCGACAGAAGAGAAAGCAAUUGAUCAAAUACCUGCAUCCGAUGAUGCUGACAAGACAUCACAAAAGCAAUCCAGUGCAAUAGAAGACAUAUCAAUGCAACGACAAAAACAGAAUAAACUUAACGAUUUGAACAACGAUAACACUGCGUUAGUCAUAUCAUCCAUGAAAGAAAUUUCAGAAGUAGAGACAAUCGAAGAUUCCGACGCAAAAGCGUACACUACAAACACGGAAAAUACACAGACUGAACUUCAGAGUAUGUCUAGGGACAAAAAUCAGUCAAGGGAUCUGGAACCGUAUAUUGUAACGGAAACAAAUUUGAAAAUGUCAACAAUUGAAUCAGACCAAUUGAUUUUGACUGCAUCACAAGAAAUAAAAGAAAACAUAACAGAACAAGAAAAUGAUGUAUCACAAGAAAUACGCGAUAAUGAAAAAAAGACAGAGGUAGUUGACGAAUUAAGUACAACUAAAGUUGAUAAAAUUAAUCACUCUUUGCAGAAGGAAAAACCGAUUGAAAGAAGUGAUGAAAUAAAUGAGAAAGAUCACCAACAUUCGGAAGAGUUAAAAACAGAUAUGGGUAUAACUGAAGUUGAAAUAAAGAAUGCCGACAUUUGUAACGAAGAACUUGAUAAUGAAGAAGAAAAUAAAAUAAAUCAAGAAAAUUUGAAAAAGGAAACCCUUUCUGAAGAAUCAGUAAAAUAUGCUCAGAAAUCCUUUACAUGCGAUGAUGAAACAAACGAGGAAUCUCAAAACUCAGCAAACCUGUUAAAAUGCUCAAAACAAGAAGACAACGACAUCGACAUAAAACUGACAGAAAAAGCAAUUGACAGAGCUGAAAAGGGUCAUUCAAAUGAAUAUAAGGAAGAUACUGUAGCAAGAAUUGGAGAAUUGAAAAAUGAAGAUACAACAGAAGCCGAGUCUAAGGAGCUUCUAAACAAGCUUUCGGAUGCGUCAGGAAAAGAAACGUUUUCAACGGAAGAAAAUGCAACUGAUCGGGAAAUUAUAUCCUACAAUGCCGAUCAAACACUACAAUUAAAUGUGACAGAAGACAUGGUUAACCAAAUUCCGGAGGGGAAUGAACAGAAUGAUACAAACACAAAUACCAAAACAUUAGAUGAAUUAUCCGGAAAAUUAUUUUUAGAAGAAAAAACGAUUAAACUUUCGGAAGUCAAUGAGGAUACUCAAUCCAAAGAAAAUGACCAAACUAUAAUGUCGGUGGUAUCGACUAAAGAAAAUAAGUCAAAUGAUAAAGACAAUGCUACUUCAACCGACGUGAUAGUCCCCACACUUGAAACUAAAGUAGACGAAAAUGAGAAAAUAAUUCAAAAUUAUGACACCAGAGGCACUCCAGAGUCAAACGAGGAUACUCGGUUUGAACUUCCCAAUGACAAAGAGGAUACAACAACUAAAGAAAAAGAUUCAAAUGAAAUGUUAGAUGCGUUAAAUGAGGAAUAUGACCCAAAGGAUAAUAUGCAUACUUUUCCUAUCGAAACUGACUAUGUAGAAAUUAAAGAAGGCUCAACGCAACAAAAUGAUAACAUACCAAAAGCAAUACGCAAUGAAGAAUUGUAUGGAAAUGACGAAGAAGAAAUUGAUUCACAAGAAGAAACUGAAAAAUCCAAUGAAGAACAAAUUAAUAAUAUACAAGGAAACAAACACAUGGCAUUAACGAUUGACGACAAAUUAAGUGUCGAGAGAGAAUAUAAAGUAUUGGAGGACUUAGAAUCAAAAUUGAAAAUGUCUGAAUGUGAAGAAAAGCAAUCGACUCUAACUGUAUCUUUAGAAAUAAAUGAAGAUGUUACCAAAGACGAUGAAGACAUGUCAAAAGACAAGCAUGAUUCAGAAUCGUCUAUGACAAUCAAAAACGAAAGUUUUACAGAAAAACAAAUUGAAGAUGCUACAUCUCAGCCUGGAGGUAUGGAAUUUGCAAGUAAUGAAAUCACGACUGCCAUAGCAAAUCAAGAGAAGCAGAAUGAUAUCAACGAUUUAAAAACAGAAGAAAAUACAAUGUCGCAUGAGUUUCCAUUAAAAGAAGUCAACAAUGCAAUCGAACUUCCUAAGGCAGAGCCUGAAACAAAUUCUGAGCUUAUCAAGGAAAUUAAUAAAACUGAAGUACUCGACACACCAGACAAAUUACUUUCAUUAGUUUCUCAAGAGAUAAAUGAAACUUCUACUGAUAUUGACGAAACGCAAGAAAAAAUAAUGCUUAUGAAAAAUCAUGAAGAUGUGACAUUUCGCGAAAGUGAACCUGAUCAAUCGACUUCAACGGAAGAAAUAAAAGAAAUUGCAACUAAACAAGCUGACAAAUCCAAAAUAAUACGGGAUGAACACUUCUUCGUUCAGAGGGACAAAGACGAAGAAAAAGAAAUCAAAGUUGAAAAGGACGCACAGUUGGAUGAUAUAAAGGGAGAUUAUAAGGCUGAAAUAUUGAUAGAUGAAAUUGUAAAUAUUGAAUCUAAAGAAAAAGAUGAGGAGGGUUCGUCGAGACCCGACACAGAAAUAAAGUUUCCUCUUGGUGAAAACGAAAAUAAAGAAACGACUUUAUAUAAAGAUACCAAAACCGAAAUAAUAAAACAACUUGAUGAAAUAACAAGAGGUACUAUACAUUAUCAAGGAACCGAAGAAGACAAAAAAACUUCUGAAAUAGAUAAACCAAUCACUGUUGAGGAAUUUAGUGAUAAGAAAAUUACUAUUAGCGAUUCUGAAGCUAAGAAAUUAGAGGAAGUUCAAGAUGGAGCCACAUUUUCAAAAGUGAAAGAUGAUGAAACAUUAGAAACAGUUGUUAAUGAGGAUGAUUUAAUAUCUUUGAAACAAGAGGCACAAAUGGACAAAAACAUAAUUUCCGACCAUUCUGAAACAAACAGGGAACCAGAAACAGUGGAAUUUGUAGAAAAAACUCCGACAGACAAAGAUGAAGACGAAACGGAACAAAAACAUUCCGUGCCUGACAAUGAAUUAGUAGGUAAUUUGAAAACAGAUUUAGAAAAGGGCGAAGAGGAACAUAGGCUAUUUGGGCCUGCUUGUGAACCAACUGAACCUUUACCAGUCUUUAACAUGAUAGACAUUUGUAAUGCAAAUGCAAAUUGUGACGCCCAAACAACAAAAGCUGCAGAUGAUGAAAUGAGUACGUUCUCAAUAUCCAGCAAAUCAGAACUUUAUAAAGGAAAUUCAACUUUGACAAAUGACAAUAUAUCGUACAGUGAUACUUUCUUGUCGAUGCAUACAUUUGAUAAUUCAGAUAAAAUCUUUGAAGAAAAAAAUGAUGAGAAAACAAAGGAUAGUUCAUCAGUUAAAACAAUUUCGAAAGAAGAGAUAGAGUCGGACAAAACUGAAGAAGAAAUAUCAGAAAUCUCUGACGAAACACAAACAACUCAGACAAAUAUAAUAAAAAACUUCGAUGAUGAAAUAAUAAUCAAGAAUGAAACCUCACCAGAAUCCGAUCUCAAAGAACGAAUUGUUGUUAAAGAAAGUGAAGUCACACAUGACAGAUUAUCUGAGGAAUAUGUAAGUGCGGUCGAUAAUUCAGGGGAGGCUUUUAUAGAAAGGGAUGGUGGUAAACUAUCACGUCUGGUAGACAAAGUUAAUGAUACCUCCCAAAAUGAAUAUUACAAAGAAAGUGGUCAUACUAACAUUUUUGACAAUAGUGAAAAUAAAAAGACACACGAAACAUCAAUUAUAUUAGAACAAUCAAAUUUAAAAACUGAAGGCUCUGGGAUCAAAUCGACAGAAAGAGGACAAGAAAACGAUCUUUGUGCAUCUAACGAAAUAAUCGUCAUUAAAUCACAAAUUAAAGAUGAAACUUCAAACGAGUCCCUAUUGAAACAAGAUAUUGUUGUUAAUGAGAAAAAAGGUCACGAUGAAAGCCAAGAAGAAUCUUUCUAUAUUGAAAAACCUAUAUAUGCAUCAAUUGUAACUAUAACGGAAGAAAAAGAUGAACAGCUUACAACUGAAGCGGAUGAAGUUGGCCGAGAUAAGGCAUCGCUAAACAUAGCUGAUAAUUCAGUCGAGGCUAUGAAGGAAAUGAAUGAUGAUACAUCAGCGUCUUCUGAUAAUAAAGUUGUAGAAGAUGAGAAAGAACUAGAUCUCUUAAUUAUUCCUGAAAGUAAAGAGGCAGAAGAAACCACAAUUAUUUCAGAAGAAUCAGACUUGAAAACACAGGAAAAUAAAAUAUUGCCAAAUGAAGAAACCAAAUCAGAUGAAUCUGUAAAAACAACAAAACAUGACACUCAACGUGAAAUUAUUACUGACGAACCUGAUAUCAUAUUGAAAGAGGAAGAACAUGAAACGGAUGUUCUAUCUGACGAAAAGUCUGAAGACAAAUCCGUUGAUGAAGCAGAAAUUAUGACAGAAAGCUCACAGGAAUCACUUCCCAAAGAAGAAAGUGUAGUGAAUGAAGAAAAAGAAAAGGAUGAUUUCCAGGGGGAAUCUGUUCUUAUCAAAGAAGCUGAAACAGAAAAUGCAUCUGUUGUAAUCAUAACGGACAAGAAAGAUGAAACACUGACAACUGAGACUGAUGCAGAAAACCAAGUUGCGGAGCCUCCAAGCACAACUGAAACUUCAGUCGAAGCUAUAAAAGAAACGGAUAAUGAUACAUCAGCCUCACCUGAUAACGAAGUUGAGGUGACAUCUUCGAAGGAUGAUGAGAAAGAACUUGAUCUUUUAAUUAUUCCUGAUAAUGUUGAAAGUAAAGAGGCAGAAGAAACCACAAUUAUUUCAGACGAUUCAGACUUAAAACCAAAAGAAAGUAAAUUACUGCCAAAUGAAGAAAUCAAAUCGGAUGAAUCUGUGAAAACAAUAGAAAAUGACACUGAACGUGAAACUGUUACUGACGAAUCUGACAUCAAAUUGAAAGAGGAAGAACAUGAAACGGAUGUUCUAUCUGAUGAAAAGUCUGAAGACAAAUCCGUUGAUGAAGCAGAAAUUAUGACAGAAAGCUCACAGGAAUCACUUCCCAAAGAAGGAAGUGAAGUGAAUGAAGAAAAAGAAAAAGAUGAUUUCCAAGGAGAAUCUGUUCUUAUCAAAGAACCUGAAACAGAAAAUGCAUCUAUUGCAAUCAUAACGGACGAGAAAGAUGAAAAACUGACAACUGAGACUGAUGCAGAAGACCAAGUUGCGGUGCCUCCAAGCACAGCUGAAAAUUCAGUCGAAGCUAUAAAAGAAACGGAUAAUGAUACAUCAGCCUCACCUGAUAACGAAGUUGAGGUGAUAUCUUCGAAGGAUGAUGAGAAAGAACUUGAUCUUUUAAUUAUUCCUGAUAAUGUUGAAAGUAAAGAGGCAGAAGAAACCACAAUUAUUUCAGACGAUUCAGACUUAAAACCAAAAGAAAGUAAAUUACUGCCAAAUGAAGAAAUCAAAUCGGAUGAAUCUGUGAAAACAAUAGAAAAUGACACUGAACGUGAAACUGUUACUGACGAAUCUGACAUCAAAUUGAAAGAGGAAGAACAUGAAACGGAUGUUCUAUCUGAUGAAAAGUCUGAAGAAAAAUCCGUUGAUGAAGCAGAAAUUAUGACAGAAACCUCACAGGAAUCCCUUCUCAAAGAAGAAAGUGUAGUGAAUGCAGAAAAAGAAAAGGAUGAUUUCCAGGGGGAAUCUGUUCUUAUCAAAGAAGCUGAAACAGAAAAUGCAUCUGUUGUAAUCAUAACGGACAAGAAAGAUGAAACACUGACAACUGAGACUGAUGCAGAAAACCAAGUUGCGGAGCCUCCAAGCACAACUGAAACUUCAGUCGAAGCUAUAAAAGAAACGGAUAAUGAUACAUCAGCCUCACCUGAUAACGAAGUUGAGGUGACAUCUUCGAAGGAUGAUGAGAAAGAACUUGAUCUCUUAAUUAUUCCUGAUAAUGUUGAAAGUAAAGAAGCAGAAGAAACCACAAUUAUUUCAGACGAAUCAGGCUUAAAAACAAAAGAAAGUAAAUUACUGCCAAAUGAAGAAAUCAAAUCGGAUGAAUCUGUGAAAACAAUAGAAAAUGACACUGAACGUGAAACUGUUACUGACGAAUCUGACAUCAAAUUGAAAGAGGAAGAACAUGAAAAGGAUGUUCUAUCUGAUGAAAAGUCUGAAGAAAAAUCCGUUGAUGAAGCAGAAAUUAUGACAGAAACCUCACAGGAAUCCCUUCUCAAAGAAGAAAGUGUAGUGAAUGCAGAAAAAGAAAAGGAUGAUUUCCAGGGGGAAUCUGUUCUUAUCAAAGAAGCUGAAACAGAAAAUGCAUCUGUUGUAAUCAUAACGGACAAGAAAGAUGAAACACUGACAACUGAGACUGAUGCAGAAAACCAAGUUGCGGAGCCUCCAAGCACAACUGAAACUUCAGUCGAAGCUAUAAAAGAAACGGAUAAUGAUACAUCAGAGUCACCUGAUAACGAAGUUGAUUUGACAUCUUCGAAGGAUGAUGAGAAAGAACUUGAUCUCUUAAUUAUUCCUGAUAAUGUUGAAAGUAAAGAGGCAGAAGAAACCACAAUUAUUUCAGACGAAUCAGGCUUGAAAACAGAAGAAAGUAAAUCACUGCCAAAUGAAGAAAUAAAAUCGGAUGAAUCUGUAAAAACAAUAGAAAAUGACACUGAACGUGAAACUGUUACUGACGAACCUGACAACAAAUUGAAAGAGGAAGAACAUGAAACGGAUGUUCCAUCUGAUGAAAAGUCUGAAGACAAAUCCGUUGAUGAAGCAGAAAUUAUGACAGAAAGCUCACAGGAAUCACUUCCCAAAGAAGGAAGUGAAGUGAAUGAAGAAAAAGAAAAAGAUGAUUUCCAAGGAGAAUCUGUUCUUAUCAAAGAAACUGAAACAGAAAAUGCAUCUAUUGCAAUCAUAACGGACGAGAAAGAUGAAAAACUGACAACUGAGACUGAUGCAGAAGACCAAGUUGCGGAUACUCUAAGCACAGCUGAAAAUUCAGUCGAAGCUAUAAAAGAAACGAAUAAUGAUACAUCAGCGUCACCUGAUAACGAAGUUGAGGUGACAUCUUCGAAGGAUGAUGAGAAAGAACUUGAUCUGUUAAUUAUUCCUGAUAAUGUUGAAAGUAAAGAGGCAGAAGAAACCACAAUUAUUUCAGACGAUUUAGACUUAAAACAAAAAGAAAGUAAAUUACUGCCAAAUGAAGAAAUCAAAUCGGAUGAAUCUGUGAAAACAAUAGAAAAAGACACUGAACGUGAAACUGUUACUGACGAAUCUGACAUCAAAUUGAAAGAGGAAGAACAUGAAACGGAUGUUCUAUCUGAUGAAAAGUCUGAAGAAAAAUCCGUUGAUGAAGCAGAAAUAAUGCCAGAAACCUCACAGGAAUCCCUUCUCAAAGAAGAAAGUGUAGUGAAUGCAGAAAAUGAAAAGGAUGAUUUCCAGGGGGAAUCUGUUCUUAUCAAAGAAACUGAAACAGAAAAUGCAUCUAUUGUAAUCAUAACGGACGAGAAAGAUGAAAACCUUGCAACUGAGGCUGAUGCAGAAGACCAAGUUGCGGAUACUCUAAGCACAGCUGAAAAUUCAGUCGAAGCUAUAAAAGAAACGAAUAAUGAUACAUCAGCGUCACCUGAUAACAAAGUUGAGGUAACAUGUUCGAAGGAUGAUGAGAAAGAUCUUGAUCAUUUAAUUAUUCCUGAUAAUGGUGAAAGUAAAGAGGCAGAAGAAACCACAAUUAUUUCAGACGGAUCAGACUUGAAAACAGAGGAAAGUAAAUUACUGCCAAAUGAAGAAACCAAAGCGGAUGAAUCUGUGAAAACAAUGGAAAAUGACACUGAACGUGAGACUUUUACCGACAAACCUGAGAUCAAAUUGAAUAAGGAAGAACAUGAAACGGAUGUUCUGUCUGAUGAACAGUCCGUUGAUAAAGCAAUAAUUAAGGCAGAAAUCUCCCAGAAAUCCCUUCACAAAGAAGUCAGUGUAGAAAAUGAAGGAAAAGAAAUAAGUGAGGUCCAAGGAGAAUCAAUUCUUUUAAAGGAACCUGAAAUGGGAAAUUCAUCCAUUUCAAUUAUUACAGAAGAAAAUGAUAAAAACCUAACAAAUGAGGCUGCUAACUUAGACCAUGUUGAGAAUUUUCCAAGCACAGUUGAUAGUUCAGUUGAAGCUAUCAAAGAAAAGGAUAAUGAUAUUUUAGCAUCACCUGAAACGACUAAAGCUAACGCAUCUGCUGAAAUAGUAACAGAAAAAUCUUUUGAUAAGAUCUUAGAAGAUCUUGAAUUGAAAGAACCUGACACAGACAAGGUGAAUCUAGAGACCAAAGUUAUGGAUACAGACAACAAACAACAAUAUGACAUACAUACCAAUACAUUAAGUGACGUAACAACUAUCACAGACAGUAAUGACGAAAGCACAUUGCAGCUAACGACAAUCACCGACAGCCCAAGGAAUAUUUCCUACGAGGAAACUGAAGAUACUGCAAGGUCAAAUGACACAACAGAUGACGUCACUAAUGACAAUACAUAUUCUGAUACAUUCGAAUCCUUAUCUGAUAAACCUACAACAAUUGAAACAGGAGAUGACAAUGGCUCAAAGAAGACGACGGACAACACAGGGCUUAAAACAUCCACACUUGUAGCUGAGAAUCUAAGAUCUUCUCUUUCUGAUUUUGAAGAUCUUCCCUUAGAAUAAAUGAUCUUUGACAUGUUUAUUAUGAGACUGGAACAUGUGAUAUGUGAAACUUUCAUUGGUGAUAUCUGAUACUGGAUAUGUGAAAUAUUUAAAAGUUAUAUCAUUGAAUGUUCACAUAAUUUAUGGCAUUUAUUAUUUCCAAGGAACACAUGUGCAUAAUAAAAAAUAGAUUUACUUUGAAAGAUUAAAACAGUGAUAAAAUGCAUCAGUAUUGCCUGGUACCUUUCGAUCCAUUGAUCUUUUCCUUACUCUCCCAGAUCAGAUGAACUACUCGUUCUGGUUAUUAGCAUUUAAUAAUUUAGUUGUAUUAAAUUGCAUUUAUUCAUUUAAAGUUUUUCUCAUUUUCACUAUUUAACACUUGUUGGAAAAUACUGCAGAUUUUUUUUAUAAAUUGUUACAUGUGUAUAUUUAUGCAUACAGCUGUAGAGAUGUUUAUUUUUUACCAUUCAAUGUAGCAAUAGCUUAACGAGCAUUUCAAUGCAUGUUAAGCUUUCUAUGAGUUAAAUAUACAAUUAGAAUUUUCUACAAAAAUACUGGUUAUGUUGUAACAUGAAAUUUAGUCGGUUAGAAACUUUGAUGGUCUUUUUUAUUUUAUUUAAUCAAGAAGAAGAUAAUUUGGUUUCAUGUCUCAAAUUUGGAAGCAAUUUAACUGAAACAAUUAUUGUACUUUUUGAAGCAAUUUAACUGAAACAAUUAUUGUACUUUUUGAAGCGAUUUAACUGAAACAAUUAUUGUACUUUUAGAAGCAAUUUAACUGAAACAAUUAUUGUACUUUUUGAAGCAAUUUAACUGAAACAAUUAUUGUACUUUUUGAAGCAAUUUAACUGAAACAAUUAUUGUACUUUUUGAAGCAAUUUAACUGAAACAAUUAUUGUACUUUUUGAAGCAAUUUAACUGAACCAAUUAUUGUACUUUUAGAAGCAAUUUAACUGAAACAAUUAUUGUACUUUUUGAAGCAAUUUAACUGAAACAAUUAUUGUACUUUUUGAAGCAAUUUAACUGAAACAAAUAUUGUACUGUUACACAUCUUCAAUAAGUUUUAUAUUUCAACUGAUAAGCCCAUAUAUCUGUAAAAUCAUUAAAAUUUCGUUAGAAACAAAAACAUUGAUAGACCAUGUUCAUUUAAACGAAGUAAAAUUUAUUAUUAAAUCUGGAAUAUCUGUGAUUAUCAUAUCACAGACACUAUGUUGUCUUUGUAUAAGACUUUCUUUGUUUAAGAUAUCAGUCUAUUUAAUUAUUUAAUUUUGUUUCUAUAUUUCGGAGAUUUUUGUUGUGCACUACUUUUAAAACCAGCACUGUGAUAAUCUUAUUUAUUAUUGAUUUUAUAGAAUAAUCAUAUAUAUACAUAUAGAUAUAAACAUGUAGCAAUAUACUUAAUGUAUAUUAAUAUGAUAAAUUAAAUAAGACCAAAUUCAUGGGCAGUUCUUAUAUUAAGAAGUCUUUUAAAUGUUAUUUUUAAUGCUUAGCCCUUGUGAUAUUUCUGAAAAUAUUGUUUAGACUUCUUUACAAUGUAGUCUCUUUAUUUUAUACAUGUAUUUAAUAAUGUAUGAUUAUUCCACAUAAAUCAAAUUAACUUUGUAUUCAACAAGUAAUGUGUGGAAAAUUUGUAACAGAUCAGUACUAGAAUAGGAUAAAUAUGUAGUAUGUUUAUCUUUUGUUAAAAUAAUAGUUACCAAUUUUGUAUUGAAAUUCUUAAAAACUAAUUUUAUACUAAAUUGAAAGUUAAAUUUAAAUACUUAUCUCAUAUUUAUUUUAUAAUUAAAAAAAAUGUGUAAUAUUAUUAACCCGGUUUAAAACCUAUUGUUUUACACUGCAUACUGCACUUAACUUAAAAAUGUAUUUCUAUUUUUAUUAUCUUACAAUAUAAGGUAAUUGCAU